ACCAAAGUGAACGCCUUGCAACUAUCUUUAGUUUCAUGCUUUUAGAAGGUUCUACCUCAUUUUUUAUUUCAUUAAUUGAGCAGCUUAAUGUGUUUUUAUUAACAGACUAGGUGCGUUUACAUUGAAAUGAUGGGAUAUUUUUGUAACAAUACGAAUUAACAAGGCACCUCACAUCCGGUUUGACUCUGCCUGACUUUACGCAGCUGUUCUCAGAAGGCCCAUCAGCUUCAGGUGCACCGUUUGCCAUCAUUUUUGUAGAUAUGAUUGCUAUUUGUAUCGGUGAAAAUAUUUUUGAGGACUACUCCAACACAGUUUCCUAGUCACCGGCAGCUUUGUAUCAACUGUAUUAGGGGCGCGGCCUGCCCUUUGACUCCCUGCUGGCUGUAACGGGAGGACGGAGCUCUCCAUCCAUCCACAGCGGCGGAGAUGGCUGAUGCAGCGGAGACCACUAUCAAGGUGGUGUGCCGUUUCAGGCCGCUGAACAGCUCGGAGUUGGCCCGGGGAGACAAGUACAUCCCAAAAUUUCAAGGGGAAGACUGUGUGCUGAUUGGGGGUAAACCAUACCACUUUGACCGAGUGUUCCAGUCCAAUACGACUCAGGAGCAAUUCUAUAAUGCUGUGGCUCAGAAGAUUGUCAAAGAUGUUCUGGAGGGCUACAACGGCACGAUAUUUGCCUAUGGGCAGACAUCUUCAGGCAAAACGCACACAAUGGAGGGGAGACUCCAUGACCGUGACAUGAUGGGAAUCACUCCCAGAAUUGUUCAAGACAUUUUCAACUACAUUUAUUCCAUGGAUGAGAACCUGGAGUUUCAUAUUAAAGUUUCCUAUUUCGAAGUCUAUUUGGACAAAAUCAGGGACCUGUUGGAUGUAAAAAACAACAACCUUUCUGUAAAGGAGGACAAAAACAGGGUGCCCUAUGUCAAGGGGUGUACCGAGCGUUUCGUGUGCAGUCCUGAGGAGGUCAUGGAUGCCAUAGACGAAGGCAAAAACAACAGAAUCGUGGCUGUCACAAACAUGAACGAGCACAGUUCCAGGAGUCACAGCAUCUUCCUCAUCAACAUCAAGCAGGAGAACACUCAGACUGAACAGAAACUUACUGGCAAGCUCUACCUCGUUGAUCUGGCCGGGAGUGAAAAAGUGGGUAAAACUGGAGCAGAGGGUACAGUGCUGGAGGAAGCCAAGAUGAUCAACAAGUCCCUAUCUGCACUGGGAAACGUGAUUUCAGCUCUGGCAGAGGGCUCGACCUAUGUGCCGUACAGAGACAGUAAGAUGACCAGGAUCCUACAGGACUCCCUGGGAGGCAACUGUCGGACCACCAUGGUCAUCUGCUGCUCACCCUCCGCUUUUAAUGAUGCUGAGACCAGGUCAACACUACUGUUUGGACAGAGGGCAAAGACCAUCAAGAAUUCAGUUUCUCUGAACAUGGAGCUGACUGCAGAGCAGUGGAAGAGCAAGUGGGAGAAAGAGAAGGAGAGGAACAAGACACUGAAAAACACUGUCACUGUGCUGGAGACUGAGCUCAACCGCUGGAGGAAUGGAGAGAAUGUGCCAGUAGAUGAACAGUUUGACAAAGAAAAGGCCAAAGUGGAGGUUCAGGCGCUGGACACUACCAACAAUGACAAGACAGCACCCAAACCUGCCCUCAGCACCCUCCCCGGGGUCCAACUCACAGACGCUGAGAAACAGAAGUUUGAGGCAGAAAUGGCCAAGCUCUACAAAGAGCUGGAUGACAAGGAUGAGGAGAUCCACCAGCAGUCUCAGAUGGUGGAGAAGCUGAAUGAACAGAUUUUGGACCAGGAGGAGCUCUUAGCCUCUACACGGCAGGACCACGACACCCUGCAGACGGAGCUGAACCGGCUGCUGGCAGAGAAUGAAGCCUCCAAGGAGGAGGUGAAGGAGGUGCUGCAGGCCCUGGAGGAGCUGGCCGUCAACUACGACCAGAAGAGUCAGGAGGUCGAGGACAAAGCAAGGGAGUUUGAGGCCCUCAGUGAGGAGCUGAACCAGAAAUCUAUCUGCUUGACCUCCAUUGACUCCGAACUCCAGAAGCUGAAGGAGAUGACCAACCACCAGAAGAAGAGGGUCACUGAGAUGAUGUCAUCAUUACUCAAAGACCUGGCUGAGAUAGGCAUCGCCGUGGGAAGCAAAGACAUUAAGCAACAAGAGAGCAGCGGUCUCAUUGAUGAGGAGUUUACUGUGGCUCGUCUCUACAUCAGCAAGAUGAAGUCAGAGGUGAAGACGAUGGUGAAGCGUAGCAAACAGCUGGAGAGCUCCCAGGCCGAGAGCAGCCAGAAGAUGGAGGAGACUGAGAGGGAGCUGACUGCCUGCCAGCUGCGCAUCUCCAAGCAUGAGGCUAAAAUCAAGUCCCUGACAGACAGCCUCCAGAAUGUGGAGCAGAAGAAAAGAAAGCUGGAGGAAAAUGUGGACUCUCUCGGUGAAGAAAUAGUGAGGAUCAGAGCCCAAGAGAGAGUGAAUACCAUGGAGAAGGACAAUGAGAUCCAGUCUGCCAAUGAAGUCAAGGAAGCUGUGGAGAAGCAGAUCCAGUCUCACAGAGAUGCCUACCAGAGGCAGAUCGGCAGCCUGAGAGACGAGCUGGACACAAAGGAGAAACUCAUCACCGAGCUGCAGGAUCAGAAUCAAGAGAUCAUGCUGGAGCAGGAGAGGCUGAGAGUGGAGCACGAGAAGGUCAAGACUGCCGACCAGGAGAAGAGCCGUCAGCUGCAAGAGCUCACAGUGAUGCAGGACAGACGGGAGCAGGCCAGACAGGACCUGAAAGGACUGGAGGAGACUGUGGCCCGGGAGCUGCAGACACUCCACAACCUCAGGAGGCUUUUUGUCCAAGACUUGGCCACAAGACUCAAAAAGAAUGCUCAAAUGGACUCAGAAGACUCAGACGUCAGUGCUGCCCAGAAACAGAAGAUCAGCUUCCUGGAGAACAACCUCGAGCAGCUAACCAAAGUUCAUAAGCAGCUGGUACGGGACAAUGCUGACCUUCAAAGUGAGAUUCCUAAAAUGGAGAAGCGCCUGAGGGCCACAGCUGAGCGGGUCAAAGGCCUGGAGGCCUCUCUGAAGGAGGCCAAAGAGAGCGCAGCCCGGGAACGCAAACGCUACCAGGAAGAGAUGGACCGCAUUAAGGACGCUAGCAAGCCCAAAAACAUGGGCAGGAGAGCCUCGAUAGCCAAGCCCAUCCGACCGGGCCAGCUGCUGGGAGCCUCCCCCCUGAUUGCCAACAGGUCCAACCUCAUCCAGAACAACUAGCCUGCUGACAUCAUGGGAUGAGGCAACAACAGCUGCUGAGGAUGGCACAUACCCAAAUGAGAAGCCAAAGCCCCAGACCCAGAGACAUUUUCAUUCCGAAACAGUGAGAUUCUGGAACCACUGCACCGGUCUUGCAACAUCAAAGUGUGUAUAUACUGUAUAUAAGUACAGCCUGGGUACUGCAAUUACUCUUUUAAACUCCUGGCUCUUGCAAAGAAAACACAUUAGUGCCCUGCAAAAUCAAGUUGCUCUGUUUUCUUUCAACAUGCACAGUUCUCAGCUAAUAUCUCAAGAUAUGAGCCUACACUGUGCCAACAUGAGUGCACAUAUAUAAGACCUUGAUGGACCCCAGGACGGAAGAAGAAACAACUGUCUUGCUAUGCAGUUAAGAGUGACCUUGUUUCACUUAUCUUUGUGUUUAAUAGCUCUCAGGGGAUUCCUUUGGUUGGAGCACAGAUUGUGGAUUGUGCACUGGUUUAUACAUUUGGGUAAGAAUAUAAUAUGAUGCAUAUAUUUUAAAAAAAUUUUUUCAAUGCAGCAGCUGCAAAUAACACUCACACUAUAUUUUUUAAUCAUAUCUAAUACAUUGACGACUCAAAUACAAAGUACCUUGUAACUAUAUCAAUAUAUAGUUGUUUCCCAGUUGCAUUGCAGCACCUGUCCUGUCCCACUGUGUAGUCAUUAACUAUAAUAUGAAAUGUCCAUGUUGGAGUACAGAGAUCUCUUUGUGACACUCUUCUGCCUAUGCACUUGUCUCAACCACUGAGAAAUGUAUUUAACCAUAACCAUGAUGUUUUAAGGUCUUUGCUAGGUGAGUAAGAGCUGAGAGAGACGAUAUUUUGCGGAAUAUCUCACUCCAAAACACCUGUAGAACAAGAACAAGAUUUUCCAGUGUCUGCAUACUCUGCCUUAUAUUUUGCGUGGGUGAGUUUUACCCCGCUGUUCUCAUUAGCAUUUAAUUUUCUGAGUUUGCAACUAAUUCCCCUGCUUCCCAGAGACUAUUUGACUCUAGAUCCGCACUCUUGUCUAUGACUCUUUGGCAAUUGGUGUGCUGGGAAUAGGUAGAUACAAAAUGUUAUUUAUGACUGAUAGCUAAAGGCAAGACUAAUGUCUGUUAUAGUAGCCUUUGCGCACUCCUGUCUUACCCUGCUAUGUUAUAUUGUCAUCUUAUGUUAUUCACUUCAAUAAAAUGAACUCAAUGCUGGUUAUUAUUGAUGACUUAUGUUACAAACACCCUUAGCAAACCAGCUACACUGCUGUCUGUUUCCAUAAGGGGUUCUCUGUAGCUUUAGUCCUUGAGUUUUUUUCUGUG